UCUUCUUUUUUCCAAAAUUUUUUAUUUUUUUAAAAAAAGAAAAACUCUAUAUUCGCCAUAGCAACAACAAACAGUCCAAUAGCGUACAUAUAUAUAAUUAUAUCUGUGCUAAAUCGUAUGAAAUUAUGGAUUCAUAUUCAACAAUAUCUACCCCCAAAGGAAAAACCCCAUUUACUUAUCAAAAAAUUAAAAAUGUCGAAAGUUUUUUGAAAGAGUUACACUUGCAACAAUAUACACCCGUUUUUGUGGAUGAGGGAUUUGAGUCCUUGCCUGCAAUGAGAGAGAUUACUGAGGAAGAUUUAAUCGCACUAAAUGUGAAGCGAGGUCAUCGAAGGGUUAUCCAACGAGGGAUCGCUACGCUAAAUGGUGUGCCUCAGAACCAGCCUUUAAACGUUAUAGCUCCGGUCUCUGUCACUCCACCCUGUCCAGAUCUAACAAGAUCUAACGGUAACAAUAGUAGUGAGGGUUCUUCCUACAACACGAGUGGUUAUGGCUCCAUGAGCUCUCCUCGACACCCUACUUGUGUCGGCCAGAAAUAUGACAUAAAUACCAAUUACCCUAGUAAUCCAUCAUUGACUGAGCAUACAACCGAAAUACAACCACCAGCGGAUAAACCAUCCACCUCCGAUGUAGAAAAAGAUAUACCAGUGGUGGUGGAGAAUGCUCGAUCGUCUUCCUUUUCAUCUAACGACGAAGAUGCUGACGCGCCACUCAAAAGAAAAUACAGAAGACAUCCAAAACCUGAUAAAAAGGCUCCCAUCAAGCCCCCUUCCGCUUAUAUUAUGUUUUCAAACGAUGCUCGGUCACAGCUUAAAGAUUACGGUAUGAGCUUUGUAGAGAUUGCAAAAUACGUUGGCGAUCAGUGGAAGAAUCUCAGUAUCAAUCAAAAACAACAAUAUGAACGAACUGCCAUGAGAGCAAAGGAUCUAUAUAUCGAAGAGUUACAUGCGUAUAGCCAAACAGAUGAUUACAAGAAAUACCAAAUAUACCUUAAUAAUUUCAAGUCUGAACAAGAUGCCACCAAUAGAAAAAUUGCCAGACUACGCAAACGGGCCAAGAGAGAUUCGCCUGAGAGUGGUAGCAUGGCCGAUAGCAGUUCGAAUACAGAACAUAAAAAUGUAAAGAAGAGAACAAGCGAUAAUAGUUUAGGAUCAUCGAAUUCAACAGACGGUGGUUUCAACAAUAGCGACGAAAAUCCAAGAAGUUCUAGUUCAAGUGGGUCUACGGAUAUAUACAAGGUGCAUUUGAAGAACCACCCAACAGAAGCAUCACAACAGAGAAAGAGUGACGAAUGUAGUUUGGCGCGGAAUUCAACCGAUGAUUCACCUUCCACAAUGGAUCCAUCCUCACUAGAUGACGAAAAUAACGGUGGAGAAUGUUACUCUCCUCAACAAAAGGCACCGCCUCUCAUAAGCGAUAAUAUGGCAGAAUCCAAUUAUCACCGAUUACCCUUUAACGACAAUACUGCUGCAACAUAAUGUAAAUAAUCUGUAUCUUGUCGUACACACCUAUUUUUGUACAAACUGAAAUAAUGUAAUAAAUUUUUAUUUUAAUAUCAACCUGUAAAAA